CUUAGUAGCUGGUUCAAGCACGCACAGAGUACCGAGGAGAGCAAAGAAAGCCCAACUUCAAGCAUGGCGUGGUUUAAUUUUGUGGCCAUUGCUCCAACACAAACCACAACUGUAGAAAGUAACGAUGAUAAUGUUCCCCUGAAUCUUUCAAUUAAAAAGGAAAAACGGAAAAAAGAAGGUGUUUGCUUAAGACAGCCAAACUGGACCGAUAUUGAGAGAAAACUCUUAACGGACGAGUUCAUGCGUCAUCGCGCUAUCUUGAGCGGAGGGAACGACAGUCAGUCCAAGCGCGAGAAGCGCAAAGCCUGGGAAGCUAUUCGCCAGAAAGUUUCGCAAGUAUCGACAUGCAAGAGAACACUGAAGGAAGUUCGAAAGAAGUGGCACAACAUCUGUUUUUACGAAAGUAAAAGGAGAAUACAAAGAACAAUAAAGAGAUCGACAAUGAAUCAAGCAACAGAUUGUGAGCUGAAGCAAGAGAUAACAAUCUCCCCAUAUGACCAAACAAACGAAUCGUCAUCAGUUGCAGUGGCUGCUACAAGAACGAAUGACGUAACUGAUUGCGAUGCAGUUCAAAGCAAGUACAUGAGCUUCGUAGCAGAACUCGAAUACCCAUCAGACGCAGCAGACUCGACAGAGAAGACGAAUUUGGGUACAGGAACUUCCGACGAUACUCUCCCGAAGGAAGGACCAGCUACAAAUAGCAUAACAGAAAAUCCCACAGAAAACCCCACAGAAAACAUCGAGCCGGAUUCGGUACGUUUCCAGCAAGAUCUGUUGUAUCUUCACAAACAGAAGAUCGAGCUGGAGAGAUGCCGCAUCAAUAUAGAAAUUGACAUUUUAGAGGUUGACCGGAAGAGACUUCGAAUUGAGGAGGAGAUGAUUAACCGAAAGCUGUUAGGUGCCCAAACUAAUGAGGGCAAAUAUUUUUAAAGUGUGUUAGAGUUUUCUAUAAUUAAUUUCCCCAUAAAAUCGCUUAAACAGUCGAUCGGAUACUGUUCCAAUCUAAUGGUUUUAUCAACCAGGCUUUAAUAAUAAGUUUUCGAAAUCGUAACAUAUGAUGUAAACUAGGUUGUUAAGAUGAUGGAAAGUCGGUCAAUUUAACGUCCAAAAAAAGUUAUGUGCAUAAUUCAUACACAUACAUACUUCAAAGUAGGCGGAGCUAAUUCGGCAUAUUCUGAUGCGUAACUUUGUGAUUUCGAAAAAUCCCUAUUCAUCUUUAAAAACUAUGUUCAUAAUUGCUGGUAUAGUAAUAAAACGUACGUAAAUAAUUCCCAUACACUUUUACAGCAAA